GUAAGCAAUAGCCCUAUGCAAAUGGCGCCAGCGGCUUGAAAAAGUGAUUGCCGCCAUAGAGAACUAGUAGCUGGUAGGUGUUCUGUGCAUGUAGGCACCUGGCAGGGCGCUCAGUGGCUGGUGGUACAUGAAAUGGCCCGCCUGUGUAUGUUGCUUCAGCUGUUUGCGGCACCGCUAACUGUACUGGCGUUCGAUUUGACCGGCGGCCUUUCGGCAGAGGAAUGCCUCGCGCGUGGAUUCAGGAAACCUGACCUAAUAUGCUCGUCGUGUAGGAUUUUGCCCAAUUUCAAUCUCGACUUUCUCAAAGAAGACUGCAACAAAUGCUGCGUGCAAACGGAGGAGCGAGUUACUGCAAAGGCACUUGAAAGAAAGAGAUAUGCACGCGCUGUGCUGGAAGUAUGUGCAUGCAAGUUUGGACAUAUGCCUCAGAUUGAAGCAUUUUGCCGUGGGCCCAAGCCAAAGCAGUUUCCCAAUCUAAGUAUCAAGUACCUGAGAGGUGCAGAUCCAAUCAUCAAGCUCUAUGAUGAGACUGGAGAAGUGCAAGAGGAACUCAGCAUUAAGAAGUGGGACACAGACACGAUAGAGGAAUUCUUGUUUGAGCACUUAGCUCCGUGACAAGGCUUGGGGAACUUGGGUGGGGAGUUCCCUGUAGAUAUGCAUGGGGGCGUAAAAAGGGAGCUAACAGUUGAACCAUGAAUUCCUCCUGUAGAAUAUCGUUUAAUGCUGCUUUUGCGUGGGGAGUUCUCUGUAGAUAUGCAUGGGGGCGUAAAAAGGGAGCUAACAGUUGAACCAUGAAUUCCUCCUGUAGAAUAUCGUUUAAUGCUGCUUUUGCAGUAAGUGCAGACACAUUUUCAGGGUGUAUAUCGCUCCCAAAUAUUACUGAACGCCUUUUAUACAUGGCUUAAAGUUUUUAGUUUGGCUCCUUCAUAUGUGCUCCUUCGUAUACGUGCAAGUGCAUAUGAAAGAGCACAUACAUUUAGACAUACUUGAAGCAAUGAGGGGGAAAAAUGGAUGUCUUGACUAUGAGAUAUAUAUAUAUAUAUAUACAGACGUGUCUACUUUUUGUAAGGUUUUAACAUUUGUGCUAAUGCAACUUUUGCAAAUACUUUUAUUAACAUGAGCUAAUGCGACUUUUGCAAAUGCUUUUUGAACUAUUCUUAUGGCAUUCUGUUAGGAACGAGACCGUUUUUGAUGAGCGAUGUGUUUAUAUUGUUGAGACUAGGCCUUUGUAAUUGUAUUGUUUCAUUUACCAACACUUUAUUUUGAAAGCACUGUUUUUUCUUGUCAGUGAAAUAAACCAUUCUACAUUGAGCA